AUGGACCCAGUGGACACCAAAAUGUCACCGGAUGCCAACAGCAGCACCUGUUUGACAACGGCUUGCGUCCGUAAAGGGAAAGAGAUGCUGAGCUACAUGAAUUUAACCACCGACCCGUGUCAGGAUUUCUACGAGUACGCCUGCGGACGUUACGGUGAAAACCAUAAAAUGAAACCAGACCAGACAUCCACCACUCGAUUUGGUGAUCAAAAUGAGAAACUGCUCAAGGAAAAGCGAUAUGCUUUACGUAAGAAUGGCGUGCAGCCGGUUGUGGAUAUUCUGCAAAAGACUAUUGGCGGUUGGCCCAUCCUGGCGCCCAACUGGGAUCCCGACGCGUUCGACCUGUGGAAAGCGCUGAUUUAUUUAGCCCAAUACGGCUCUGAACCGUUGUUAAGCAUGAGCGUUGUUGUGGAUGAGCACAACUCCUCCAUUAAUCGACUGUCCAUUGGCAUUCCGAUGGGGCUGGGUAGUGUCGCUACAAAAUACCUUGCUACGUAUCCCAGUUUUAUGCUCAAUGUCACACGGAUAUUUGCUAACAUGUCCACGAUGAACAGUGAUUCCGCAUCGCGGUAUAACUGGACAGAUAUUCAGAUGCAUCUGAAUAAAACCAUGGAUUUCUUAACCUUCUUAACUGACAUCUAUCCAACCAGCUCGGAGGUAAACGAAAAUUUCUACAACCUCCGAACAUUGGCUAAUGUGAGCUCCAGUUUGUUCUUCCGAUCCGAUUUCUCUGACGGCCUCACUGAUUUUAUCCGCGCUUCCCUGACCUUUGCCGGCAUGGGCCAUUUGGUCAACGAGAACAUGGUCGUUAACGUCCAGAAGCCGGCUGCCCUUGUGGCUUUGGAUAAGAAGAUGGCGGAGAUUGAGAAGCUAGGUGUGGAGGGCAAGCGCUUCCAGGCCAACCUUCUGGGCUGGAUGAUCGUUGCCCGCUACAGUUGGGAUCUCGCGCCGUCACUAUUUGACACGUUCGAUCGGCAGGGACGGAUAUUGUCAGGGAAGAAUAAGACAGAUCCCCUCUGGAAACGUUGCAUAGGGAUUGUGGAAGCCUGGCUGCCGCUAGCCGUCGCGUCAUUCUAUGUGGAUAAAAUCCUCGACAAACAUGUCAAACAAAAGGUCUCGGAUAUGGCUAGAAAUAUCCGCACUGCUUUCGCGAAACGCUUGAACAGCGCCGAAUGGAUGGACACCAAGACGCGCGCACGCGCCCUGGAGAAACUGCAUGGCAUGCUGGAGUUUAUUGCCUACCCGGAAUUUUACGCUCACAACAUUUCCCUCAUUGAGGAGAUGUACGGGAAUGUUACGGUCGGCGAGGGAUGGUUCAAUACGUUACUGGAGUUAAAUCGCGACAACAAAAUUCGGCAAACGCAGCGAUUAGAGAACAGCAAUACGCGGGAGUACAUACUGGAUCGACUCUACACCGUAACCGUGAAUGCAGCAUAUAGGCCGAGAUACAACAUCAUAGCCAUUUUUGCCGGCUUCACACAACCGCCGUUUUUCGACGGCGGUCUUCCCGAGUACUGCAAUUACGGCAGCUUAGGUCACGUGAUCGGGCACGAGAUGACACAUGGCUUUGAUGAUCAAGGUUCGAAAUUCAAUGUGGCAGGUAACAUGAUUAACUGGUGGAGCAAUUCGUCGCGAAUGACAUUCGACAGCAAAGCUUCGUUGAUUGUGGAGCAGUACAGUCAGUACAAAACACCUUCUGGCAAUGUCAACGGAAAUCAAACUCUGUCGGAGAAUAUCGCGGAUGCUGGCGGACUACGGACCGCAUUCGAUAACUGGUGUGGAAUGGAAUCUGAUCUAAUGGCUGGUUCACAUGCACCGGAUCGGUGGAGAGUCAAUGGAGAGAUGGCCACUUUCAGAGAAUUCGCACAGGCCUACAACUGUCCAGCAGACAGCCCCAUGGUUUACAAUCGGUCUACCGGUCUGUGGCGAUAG